UGGAAUUUCCCAGGCAAGAAUACUGGAGUGGGUUGUCAUUUCCUCCUCCAGGGGAUCUUCCCGAUCCAGGGAUUGAACUGAUAUCUCCUGGGUCUCCUGCAUUGGCAGGCAAAUUCUUUACCCCUGAGGCACUGGGGAAGCCAUUCUUUCUUGAACUCACUCCAAAACCUACCUUGCUGCCAGAUGUCCUCCACAUUGCUAAAUCCAGUGGUCAGUUCUGUUUUCUUCCUUGACUUGAGCAGCAGCAUCUCAAAUUCUCAGGUGAUGGGUCAUUUCCUCCCUGAAACACGUUCACCUGGCUUUCGGGGCUCGACCCCUGCCCCUCUGGCCUGCAUUUCAGGUCCCUUUGCUGUCUCCUCCCCACUUCCCGUCUGCUCACACUACCUAGACCUCAUCCAGUCUUGAGGCUCUUUAAACACCACAGGUAUGCUGUUGAAUCUCCCUUUAUGUCUACAGUUUGGUGAGUUUUGAAAAAAAUGUCCAUAUCCUUGUAACCACCACUACAGUAAGACUAGAGAAUUUUUCCCCUUCUCCAAAAAGUUAGUUCCCCAUGUCUCUGUUGCACAGUUAAUCCCCACCACAACCCUAAGUCCUGGGCAGCCACAUGUCUGUUUUGUGAAUAUAUAUUAGAAUUGUCUUUUAGAGUUUUAUAAAGGGAGAGUUGUACAGUGUUCCAUUUGGAUCCUACCUUUUGUAUCCAGAUACUUCUGCUCAGCAUGAUUUUGAAGGCUCCUCCACGUUGUACCGUGUGUCAGUAGCUUGCUUUCCGUCACGUGGAUGAGCCACAGUAGUCAUUCUGUUCGCCUGUAGAUGGACAUUACCUUGAGCCCAGCUCUGGGCCAGUGUGAAUGCAGCUGCUCUGGAUGUUCUUUUCCAGUGUUUUUGUGUGUGCAGGCUUUCAUUUAUCUUGGAUGAAAAGCUAGCAGUGGAAUAGCUGAGUUGUAUGGUAAGUAUAUGUUUAACUUCAUAAGCUACUUCUAUGGGCCUUUUCAUCUGAUGUUUUUAUUCUGUUUUACAUUCUGGGAAAUUUCUCUCUUCUUUUUUUAAGAUUUCAUCUAUGUAUUUAAAUUUUCUCUUUUUAAGACUUCUCUUAUUAAUACUUAGAUGUUAGCAUGCCUGUGUCUGUUGUCAGUAUGUCUUCCCUUUGCUUUCAUGUUCUCUGAUUCCUUUUUCUUUCCUCUGGACAUCUCCUGUGCGCUGUGCUAGUUUGCUAAUUUGUUUCUCAGCUGUCUGUUUGCUACUUAUUUCCUCUAAUGUCUCUUCAUUUCAACAGCUGGUUUACAUAGCCAAUAUUUCUUCUUGGUUGUCUUUUGUAUGUUAUUAGUCUCAUUCCCUAUUGUUAAUGUCUUGCCUUAUCUCUCUAAAAGCAUGUGACUACUUUAAAAGUCUGGUCCAUCUGUCUGAUGCGUGUGCCUCUGAUAGGAUGUGCAACCCAGUGUGCUGGUCUUCUUUUGGAAACAAGUAUGCGUGGAAAAUUGCUUACCUCCUUGGCCAGUGAGCACAUUUAUUUCUCUUGUUUCCAUCAGUGACGUGUUUUUUGCGUGCAUGGGAUGGGAUCAGAGCCUGGUCCCUGUGAACCCCAGUGAGUUCAGGGUUGUGAGGAUGGAUCCUGGGAUGGGGAGGUUAAGGCACCAGAAAGCUAUUCAGUGACUUCUUGCCUCUCAAGGUACCUCUGGAUCAGUGACUUCUUGCCUCCCAAGGUAACUCUGAAGUGUGAUCUGCCAGCGCAGGGCUUUGUAGAGUCAGGGUGGAAAAACACGUGCCUGGUGUCGUGGAGUCUCUGCCUGUUUCUCAGCUACUCCCGAGCAUGAGUUACUGCCCACCCUUGACUCCACCCCUCAGCGACCUGGACCGGGGCCAUUCAUGGCCGUGUUGAUGCUGGACCAUGCAGCCAGCACGCUUUCCUCCCUUGCCACAUGACCGCCCUGUCUUCACUUGCUGCAUUGCACACAUCACUACUUGACAUCAUCUCGUGCGUUUUCUCCUUUCUUACCGUCCACUCUGUCUCCCGAUGCCACACGCCAGGCUCUGUGCCCCGUGGGGACCUCAUUGGUCCUGGUCUGCCAUGUCUGAGGUGCCCAGCAUGGCACUCUGGCUCUGGAAGUGCUUGGGACACCAGCAGGUUGUCAGUUCUGCUUCUCGACCUCCUCAUCUGGAUCUCCUGACCGCAGAGAUUGGGGGGGACUGAGGAGGUGCGGCACAGGGAGAAGGGCACUGAGGUCUCAGCAGAUGGUCACGAAGCCCUGUAUGUGGGAGAAGGCCUGGUCGGAAGGCUCGGCCAUAUGAUGGGGUCCAGGGUGGAUAUCAAGGAGGCAGUUACAGGAAUUGGUCAGAAUUACCAAUAUCCUUUUAAAUGUGUGGGAACUGAAUGACACUUUUAAGAAAAUGACCAUUAUCAAAAUGUGUAAUUUCUCAAUUUGAAGAAUAAAUGUUUAAAUGCUUAAAAAAAAAAAAAAAGCAAUUAACUCAGAAGCAACAAGGCAGCCUUGCCUUGUGGACAGAGGAGAGAAGGGCCCAGGAAUGUGUGCAGUGCUGGGCACUCCCAGCAACACAGUCUUCAGUCAGGAGAGCCAGGGCUCAUGCCAGCCUCCCCACAGAAGCUGUUCUUCCUGCCCAGACAGUGAGUGCCCUCCCUUGCGAUGUCACAAAGACGAACCCCUCUGCAGGUGGAGCGAGUGUGGUGGUUACGGGCAGCGCCCUGCUCAAGGUGGGUCCUCACAGUGGAAGGAACUGGUGGAGGGUCUGGAGAAGUACUUGUGUCCCAAAGAAGGAGGGUCCCAGUGGAGAAAUGGGGGCCCUGAUGAGAUUUUCCAGCCAGAGACCACUAGGUUUGGUCUUGUUCCCCAAGCUUCUUAUCCUGAUGGUUACUUGGGCGCAUCUUACAAAUACAGGCCCCUUCCCCCGGCCCCAGAAAUAAUGUAUUUUCAACCAGGGUUCUGGAGGUUCUUGUCCUCCUGGGAGCAGAUGUCUAGUGGGACAUGACAUGGUUUAUACCUCACAGGGGAAGAAGACAGCUUAGCUUGAGGUCACUGUGGGUCCACUUUGGGCAGGACCCAAGCAAAGUGCUGGGGACUUGUAACUUGGCCCCAUGUAGUCACGACAGCAUAGAGGAGGGUGGUGGCCUUGGCUUCAUCUUCCCUAGAGGGGCCACGCAAAGGGGUCUGGGAUACAGGGGGUGCGAAACCUGGAGAUACGGGGUGAUGGUGUAGAACUUUACCUCUAGGCUUCCAGAAAACACACAGUUAAUUCCGUCCAACCUUUUGUGUUCCGGGAAACCUGGACCACGAGCCAGGUGUUCACAGACCUAGGGGAAGGACUGGGCAAGUGAGCACGGGGAGAUCGAUGCCCCAGGCCAGCUCCAAGGACAGCAGUGUCCCUAGGGACCUUGACAGUCCCAAGUCCAGUCUAAACAGUGCCCCCAGGCAGGCCAACAGGAAGCUCAAAAGAGACGGGUUUGAUCAGAGGCAGUUGUGAGACUGGGAUUCAGAGAGCAUGGGAGCCGCAUCCUUACCAGGCUCGUCCCAGGGGCACAGCAGAAUGGGGGGAAGACAGGUUGGCUGUUGAAAGAACAGAGCAAGGCCCUCUUGACAGUCCACAGCAGGAGGAGGUCUUGGGGGGCGGGGUCCUAGCCUUGUCACCCCCCAGACAUUUAGGAGGGGCAGCUGCCCUCUGGGCUGCAGCACAGGUGGAGUCGGCUCCUGGUCCUCGGGGCUCUGUAAGCAUCAAGAGGCGACCAGUCUGUUCUUAUUACCAUUGGUGGCAGGGAUGAAAGCCUGUUUCAUGUAUCAUGUGAACUACUGGAUGGGCAGAGGACAAGUCCAGGGGACAGCUGUCUACACCAUCUCAUUGUUCAAUCCCCUUUCUACAUGCUGAGAUGAUUCAAUUAAUCUCUCCCUUAAAGAAACUUUUGGAGACAGCCACUUGGGUCUAGGCUUUCUGGAUGGUACCCCAGAGGUUGGAGGUGUACCAAAUUGCUUUUUUUCAAAGAUUACACUCUCACAUUUUACAUCCAGAACUGAUGCUCAGGGCCCACCCUGUUUUUGAGCUUUGUGUGGAUUGCAUUAUUGAGCCGUCACUGUUACCCUGUGAAGUGGGUAUUCUUUCCUCCUCCUAUUUUACCGAUGAAGAAACUGAAGCUCAGAGGGGUUAAGUAACUUGAUGAAGCUCAAACAUCUAGGAAGCUGGGGUAAGCAUUAGAAUGGGCCUACAGAGCCCUGCCGUCUCCUCUGUUUGGUUCUUGUGAGGUGUCGCAUUGAAUUAUAAUUGAUUCCCUUCUGUCUCCUAAAGAGUCAGGACACUCUGAGGGUCUUACUCACCCCCAGCACACCCUCUCAUUCUGUUAGUCUCCCCAUUGGCUGACUCGGUUCCAUCAAAGAAUUCCGUGUGGCGACGUGAGCUGACCUCAUACUGGUGGCUCCCAGUCAGAACUGGGACAUUCUGUAGGGAGAAGAGCUCCUUAGUUUCUCAGAAAUGCAGGGCAGAUGGUGGACAACAGCUAAAUACUUCCUUUCACCCACACGAUAACAAACCAGCAGUUUUGGAAUGAUGGACAAGGUUCAAAGUUCUUUUGCUGUUUUAUUUUUGUUUUUAAUAGAGUGCCCACUUCAUCUGUGUGUGCCUUAUGCAGGUGAGUUCAAACCACUUGGACAAACCACAGGCUGAAUGGGUUGCCUCCACCAAUGCUUUCACUCAUUUCAGGGGAAGUAAAAAGGGGUGAUUCCACAUCACUGCUGUAGGUUUUCUUUUCCAGAUCAUUUUCCCUUAGAAAGACAGCCAAAUGUCACCAAACAGCCCAUACAGUUCGGUAAGCAGUUUCAUAUGGUCCAUGGAGCUAUCCCCAAGCCCAGAGCUCUGCGUGCCACGCCCAUGCAGCCCCCAGCGAGCACUGAUGAUGAGAAGAAUGAGCCUGCAAGGACCACCCUUGGUUUUAUAGCAUAUUCAAUGGGCCUAAACACCAAUCCCUGGAAUGCAGCAUGGAUUCCUCAUAGACCUGCUCUUGUUAAAGUAAUUACAGUUGCGUGCAUAGCCCUCACUAUUGCCCUGAUAUUUGGGACCACUAUUGCCUACGUGAUAUAUCGACUGGUAGAGGCUGAGGAAAAACAACAACUUGCAUCACUUUAUAAAAAUAUCAAGAUCCCAUCGUUAGGAGAUGAAGAGGAAUUCUUUGAGGAUGAGGGUGAGGACGAGUCCACGUACCUCCUUCCGGAGAAUGAGAAGGAACUGGAAAAUUUCAUUCAUUCAGUUAUUAGAUCGAAACGGAGGAAGCAUUUUGAAAAGAAGAGGAUGAAUGCAGCGCAGCACUUAAUAAAGGGAGCGAGAGCAGAGGACCCUGUUCACACUGCGGAAGCGGGCAGUCCCUGAACGGGCGAAAGGGAGGGCGGGGACGCGGGGCGCGCAAGCCCGCGGAGGGCCAGCCGCGGGAGGGCAGGUGGCUGAGGACGCGGGCCUGACUUCCUCCUGGAGACCCUUGCGCAGCAGCGCCGCUAGACAUGGAGGCAGAAAGUAGGUUCACUUGAUGUAGCAGCUCUUGCUUCCUAGCUCUCAUAGUUUAUGAAUAAAUCUAUCUUAAUUGGAAGAGAAA